GUGACAUUGACCUUCCAGCGGCUCAUGUUGACGCGGCCGAAUCUGGGAUUGUGACAGAGAACAAUUACAACGCGAUUGCCGGUCUGCGGCAACAAAGCGAACCCAAUCUAACGUCAGUGCUCUUCCCAUUCCAUCAGUCGCAGCAGAGACAAGAAGAAGAAAGAGAAGAACGGACGGGGCAACAUCAGUUGCUGUUUGAUACGGGUACAUCAACGGAUAUAAGCUGCAGUGCAGGAGGAAGAGAAGAGGAAGAAGGAAGAAGAGAGGCAAGACUUGUAGAGGUCCCCACGUUUGGAUUGCACCUUCCCGGACCUCAACCUGUGUUAGGUUCCGGACCUACUAUUGACCCAUCUUUUUCUCUUUUGGCAUCAUCCACAAUACCAGCGACAACAUCAGCAAGUAGAAGAGCGACAGGAGCAUCAUCAUCAGGAGUCGCAGGACAUUCGGCAGAAGUGCAUUUUCCGAAUUCCAUCUCAUCAAUCUCCAGCCCCAGCAGCUCCGGCACUAGCAGCUCCACCGCCCCCAGUUCCUCGUCCCGCAGGCCCAUCCUCUUCCCAUCAGCAUCAGCACCGGCGCCAGCACCAGCACCAGCACCCGCAUCAGCAUCAGGGGAAACACCAUUUGCCCACCCCCACUCCCACCACUCCUUGUUCUCGCUGACCUCACCCCCCCUCCACCCGCAUCCGCAUCCGCACCCGCACACGCACCCGCACCCACGCCACCUGAACAAUCCUCGCACACAUCAGAAGCACCAGAAGAAGUACCAGAAGCCUUACCAGCGUCAGCAGCAGCAGGGCCACUACCUCCAACACCAACACCACGCCCACUCCCCGUACCCAGCCGGCCAGGCCAGCCACCACCACCACCACCAUAAUCACCAGGCUCCGCUGCCUCCGUCCAUCCCAGUCUCAGUCUCAGUCCCAGCACCACCAACACCACCAACACCAGCACCACCAGCACAAACACAUCCAGAGCCUGCGCCAGAGCCAGACGUUGUUGCGCCUGGGCCACCAGAGCCAGUGACUCGGCCGCUGCCACACCUGUUCCCUCCCACUGGCCCUCCUCCCAUUACUAGUCGACCCGAGAAAUUCGUCGACGAACCUCUUCACCAUUACCCUCACGACUCCGUCGCAGCUCACGCUUCACGGUCGCCCAUGGAUGUCGAUAUGUCGUCGACCGACCUUUCGGCUCAGCAGCAGCAACAGCAGCAGCAGCAGCUUAACCAGCAACAAUCACCACAAAAAUCAGAGUCGCCAUCACAGGCCCCAGGAACCUCUACCAAUCCAGCUGGUGCGAGUCCCAACGCUCAAGGUAGCUCUGCUGCUGCUGCUGCCGCCGCGGCCGCGGCCGCCGCGAACCACUUGAGUUUUCGCAGGUUCGUCCCUCACCAUCGACCCGAAUCCCGUCAAAUUCUUUCAAUAGCCAUCUUCCAAUCAAUGGCGGAUGUAACCUGUGUGCUAAUAUAUUCUUUGAUUCGAAUAGGCAACGAGCUUCUAGAGCUUGCGAGGUACGUAGUCUCACACCUUAUUGUUUUGUCGCGCCCGCCAUUCCGUGGCCCCUCUGCCCACUUUGUGCCGAGGCAUCGCUACUCGCGCCGCGGCGCUGCGUUGCGCUCUACUGGUGCAAUGCUGCCCUGCGAGAUCUCACGCCCACAUCUCGUCGGCCUUCCUUUAUCUGAAUUAAAGCUAACCUUGUAUUGUACAGACAUGUCACGCCCGCAAGGUACGAAUAGCCUUCUUUUCUACUUGAGUGUCCUUUUUCUUGUGGGCGAUUGGGCUUCCGAGUCGGCCGAUUCCUACCCACAACCGAAUUUCACCUAACCCCUCCUCCGAUCGACACUUUUCGCCAAACCUUUUCGUCUAACAUCUUUGUCUAGGUACGAUGCGAUGCCGCGAGUCUCGGUGUGCCCUGCACAAACUGCGUAGCCUUCCAAAUAGAAUGUCGCAUUCCGACUCCAAAGCGGAAGAAGACUACGAAUGCCGGAACGAACAAGGACUCGGACAGGUCUGCCUCAGCUUCGCCGUUUCCACAUGCUCCCAGUCAUGGGCUAACUGAGGUGUGCUCCAGCGAGAAAGGAGAUAAUGCCGAAGAGCGUUCACCGAGAGCUCCCAGUGUUCCUGCGCCAGGACCUGGGACCUUCCCGCCGCGGACUCCUGCUGUCUAUCACACCACAGAUGGCACGCCGUCGUCCACCUAUACCGAGUCGCAAGCCCGAAAGGAGGAAGUCGAUAGUGGUACUUAUCUCAACCUGGUGAUGAAACCAAAGUUCACCAGAGCCCCUAUAACGGAUGCUGGUAGGGUCGCGUAUCUUGGAGAGUCUUCCAAUUUGACGUUGCUUGUACACGAUCGACAAGGCUCGUCAGACGUAGUGCACUAUCCUUUACCCGAAAAUGUGAGGGGUUCCAGGGCCCGAUUGACCGAGCUGGACAACGUCGAAAUCGAUAUCCUUCACCAACGCGGCGCCUUCCUUCUACCGCCUAGAUCUUUAUGCGAUGAGCUUAUCGACUCCUACUUCAAAUGGAUCCAUCCGAUCGUUCCGGUCAUCAACCGUACCCGCUUCAUGCGACAGUACCGCGAUCCCAAGAACCCGCCGUCUCUUUUAUUACUGCAGGCUGUGCUGCUGGCCGGCUCAAGAGUCUGCACGAACCCACAGCUGAUGGAUGCCAAUGGUUCGACGACGCCCGCUGCCCUGACCUUCUACAAAAGGGCAAAGGCGCUCUACGAUGCCAAUUACGAAGACGAUCGGGUUACCAUUGUGCAGUCAUUAUUGUUGAUGGGGUGGUACUGGGAAGGCCCUGAAGAUGUCACCAAGAACGUGUUUUAUUGGAGUCGAGUCGCCACUAUCGUCGCUCAGGGUUCUGGAAUGCAUCGAAGUGUUGAGCAGUCACAACUCAGCCGCUCCGACAAGAGGCUGUGGAAACGAAUCUGGUGGACUCUCUUUACACGAGACAGGUCUGUUGCAGUUGCUCUCGGCCGACCAGUCCACAUCAACCUCGACGACUCCGACGUCGAGAUGCUCACUGAGGAUGACUUUAUCGAGGAUGAUGGCGACCGUAAUAGCGAGUACCCUCCAGAUCCCAUACACGUGCAGUUCUUCAUGCAGUACGUCAAGCUUUGCGAAAUCAUGGGCCUGGUGCUGUCUCAGCAGUACUCGGUAGCCUCCAAAGGACGACAGAGAAACGCCAUCGAUUUGACCCAUAGCGAUAUGGCUCUCGCCGAUUGGCUCCAAAAUUGCCCAAAGAUCGUGUACUGGGAGGUUGCUCGGCACCACUUUUGGUCAGCCCUGCUACACUCGAAUUACUACACGACACUGUGCCUCUUACACAGAGCUCACAUGCCGCCAAAUGGAGGCAGUCGUUUCCCUGACGAUUCUCCAUAUCCUUCACGAAACAUUGCGUUCCAAGCCGCGGCUAUGAUCACCUCUAUCAUCGAAAACUUGGCAGCUCAUGGCGAACUUCGAUUCUGUCCGGCAUUUGUUGUGUACAGCUUGUUUUCGGCCCUGAUCAUGCACGUCUACCAAAUGCGGUCGCCGGUCCCAUCGAUUCAGCAGGUAACCCAGGACAGGUUACGAACAUGCAUGCAGGCCCUCAAGGAAGUGUCGCGAGUUUGGCUGGUAGGAAAGAUGGUGUAUACCUUAUUUGAGUCCAUCAUAGGAAACAAAGUGCUCGAGGAACGGCUGCAGAAGGCUGCGGGAAAGAGGCACAGGAAAGCACAACAGGCGUUGGCACAGCUGGAGCAGCAACAGCGGCCGCAGGACGUUGCCAAGAGGAAGUACGAUGACAUGGCGAUCGACUUCAGCGUCAAUACUCCAACACCUCAAGAGUCUUACGAAAGAUCACGCCCGCAGACCCCUAGCCAUAUGAAGGGCGACGGAGGUCCAAAUCAGCAGACGAUGCCGCCUCCGAUCACAUCACCCAAUGCGAGACAGAACGCAGAUACGUUCAUGGGCGGAACCUCCUCCAGGCCGCAGACCAGACCAGCGACGCCCUUCAACCCUUCAUUCUCGGUGCCGGCCACACCGCCAGACCUCUAUCUUGUUACACGUAACUCGCCCAAUAUUUCUCAGUCCUUGUGGGAAAACUUCCAACCCGACCAGCUUUUCCCAGACAGCGCAAGUAUGCCUGCAUUCCCGCACAUGUCCCCGCCACCGAACCACCAUGGCUUAGAUACAGGCCUCAUGGCGCAGCUGCAUAAUCAAAACACGUCCCAUGGUCUACCAGCACAAAACACUCAAUUCCAAGCACGCGGCCCUACCAAACAAGGAUUGAGUGGAAGCCCUCAACAAGGCGCGAACGUCCUGGGGUCUGGCAUGCAGGGUUUCCAGCAGCAGCAACCGCAGCAGCAGCAACAGGCACAGGGGCAAGGGCAGAGCUCCAACAACAAUAACAGCCUCAACAGCAAUCUCUGGACAGCGAAUUUCGACGGCUUGAUGCCGGAUGGACAAAGCCCAAGUGACAGCUGGAGUACAGGAUCAGCCCAAGGGCAACCUGUUCCAAACACGCUCAAUGUUGAAGAUUGGUUCCAAUUCUUUGGUAUCAAUAACGGUGACCUAGCUAGCAUGAAUCUCGAUUUGGGGUUAGGACCCCAGUAGGGCGAAUUUGUAGGGCGAUUGUGCGCAUAUUCCAUCAGCCGUCUCCAACGUAUUUGCAAUCAAAGUUGACUUACGACUUGCACAUGGCGGGAAGGUGCAUAGCGGAUGUAUCGCCAAAUGAUACCAUCUCGUCACGGGAGCUUCGUGUUUACUUAGUAGCAUGUGUAGGAAAAGUCAGGACAUUCCUGGGCGAGUGACCUUAGCAAUCAAUGCCUACCGAUUCUUCAAUACAAG